GGCCCCCUGUCAUGGCGCCGUUGUGUACGGUAAUGCCGGGCUCCGGGGAGGGGGUCCCUGGGUGGCAGUGCCCUUCCUGUUGAUUAUCGCGACAGGCCUAUGUCGGGCAGAGGACAGCGCUAUGGAGGAAAUCGUGACAGAGGAAGCAGGUGGAGGCCAUUCACCGCCGGGACAGCACCAACUGCUGAUCUUCAUCCCUGCUCCUCACCCUCACCAUCCUCACCAUCUGGCUGUUCAAGCACCGCAGGUUCCGUUUCCUCCAUGAGACCGGCCUGGCCAUGAUCUACGGUGUCAUUGUCGGUGUGGUGUUGCGAUAUGGCGUGCACAUACCCCGGGAUGCAGGCAACGUGACUGUCAGCUGUGAGCAGCAGCUGACGCCUGCCACGCUGCUGGUCAAUGUCAGCGGCACCUUAUACGAGUACACCCUUAAUGGGGAAAUCAGCGCCCAGGAACUCAACAGCCAGCAAGAUAAUGAAAUGCUCAGGAAGAUUACAUUUGACCCUGAAGUUUUCUUCAAUAUUCUUCUCCCCCCAAUUAUAUUUUAUGCCGGAUACAGCUUAAAAAGAAGGCAUUUCUUCAGAAAUCUGGGCUCAAUCCUUGCCUAUGCCUUCCUAGGGACAGUAAUCUCCUGUUUCAUUAUUGGGUCUCUGAUGUAUGGAUGUGUAAAGUUAAUGAAAGUGGUAGGAACGUUAGACGGUGACUUCUUCUUUACGGACUGCCUGUUUUAUGGAGCCAUUAUUUCUGCAACUGAUCCAGUGACUGUCCUAGCUAUAUUUCACGAGCUGCAAGUCGAUGUGGAUCUCUAUGCUCUUCUCUUUGGUGAAAGUGUCCUAAAUGAUGCCGUGGCCAUAGUUCUGUCAUCGUCAAUCGUUGCGUAUCAGCCGGCUGGAGACAACAGCCACACGUUUGACAUCACUGCCAUGUUAAAGUCUGUGGGAAUGUUCUUGGGCGUUUUCAGCGGAUCCUUUGCUAUGGGAGCAGCCACCGGAGUACUCACAGCAUUAGUCACAAAGUUCACCAAGUUGCGGGAGUUUCCACUACUGGAGACCGGCUUGUUCUUCUUGAUGUCUUGGAGCACAUUCCUUCUCGCUGAAGCAUGCGGUUACACAGGGGUUGUGGCCGUGCUGUUUUGUGGCAUUACUCAGGCGCAUUACACCUACAACAAUCUCUCGACAGAGUCACAGAUUCGUACGAAACAGCUGUUUGAGCUCUUGAAUUUUUUGGCAGAAAACUUCAUCUUCUCCUACAUGGGUCUCGCUCUGUUCACGUUCCAGAAUCACGUCUUCAAUAUUACAUUUAUAGUGGGAGCUUUUGUUGCAGUCUUCAUUGGAAGAGCAGCUAAUAUUUAUCCACUUUCAUUCUUGCUGAACCUGGGAAGGAGGAACAAGAUCGGCUACAACUUUCAACACAUGAUGAUGUUUGCAGGUUUACGUGGAGCAAUGACCUUUGCCCUAGCUAUUCGAGACACUGCCACCUAUGCUAGACAGAUGAUGUUCUCAACCACCCUUCUAAUAGUGUUCUUCACAGUGUGGGUAUUUGGAGGGGGUACAACAGCAAUGUUAUCGUGUUUGCAUAUCAGAGUGGGCGUGGAUGCGGACGGUGCUGACCAAGUGGGAAUUCCAGAGAAUGAGCGGAGGAGUACCAGAACAGAGAGUGCCUGGAUUUUUAGACUCUGGUACAACUUUGACCACAACUAUCUGAAACCUCUCCUAACACACAGCGGACCUCCCCUCACCAGUACACUUCCCAAUUGCUGUGGCCCGUUAGCGAGAUGUCUAACAAGUCCUCAAGCCUAUGAGAACCAGGAGCAGCUAAAGGAUGACGAUUCUGAUCUGAUAUUAAAUGACGGUGACAUAAGCUUAACCUACGGGGACACGACUGUCAGUACGGAACCUUCAAUAUCCAGGAGGGGAAUAGGAAACAACUCUGAGGAUGCCAUUGAUCAGGAGCUUACCUACGGGGAUCACGAGUUUAUUUUAAGAGGAACCCGUCUCGUCAUGGAUGAAUGUGAGGCUCCAGGAAACCUGCAGAUCUCCAGGAAGCCAAGCCCCAUGUAGUUCCUGUUCGUAUUGAAGGGGGGAAGAGGAGUUGUGUAUUUUGCCAAUAACAUUUUGUGUGUUUUCUAAUCCAGACGAUAUGUUGUACUACCUACUGCAUGGCUCCCGUCGUUUGAGCUGUAGAAACGCUAUUUAUACGGCAUCAGAAGGGACCGUUCUUCGUGGUGUUGCUUGUGAAGAUCAAGUUCCAUGUUUGUUUAAUUGCACUUUAAGUGAAACCAUCUAACGCGGCGCGGUGGUUACACAAUCCUGUAUGGCGGUACAGCACCCCAGAUCCUUGCCAAUGUUUUUUCUUUGUUACUUGAAAUAUUAGGGGGAGGUGGAUUUUUUUUUUGUGGUCAUUUUGGAUCAUCGCCGUUGAACUGCCAAUACGAGGAAUUUAGUUGUAUCAUAGAAUCUAACGUCCUGCUGGCAGAAAAAUGGUGAUCUCUGAAUUCGAGCCCCAAUUGUGUUUUUCAGCACCCUCCUUUUUUUUUUUUUUUCUCAGUGGCCUAAACACAUUAAUUGUAGCUUGGCUUCUCCUGUAAGAACUUUUCAACCAGAAUAAUCUCUGUCUCAAUCGCUUUCUUUCCUUCUUGCGUUUUGUUUUGUUCUGUGGAGGUUAAAAGAGCUAAAUUUCAGCUUUUCCAGCCAAAACGUGUUUUAAGAAAAAAAAAAAAAAAAAGGUUUUCCAAACCAAAGUUUGUUUUUAAGUGCACAUUCCACAGGCGACUGUUGAAACACAGCACAACCAUUAUGAAACCCUGUACGUCUCUGUUGUGCCGCUAGACAGUCCUGUUAAAGAAACCACAGCCUUUUAUGUAAGAGGAACGUUUAAAGGGCCACCGAACCCAAAGUACACCACGUACAAAAAGUGCCACCAACUUAAAGGGCAUCUGUCAGCAGUUUUGUAUCUAUGACACUGGCUGACCUGUUACAUGUGGACUUGGCAGGUGAAGGCUUCUGUGUUGGUCCCCUGUUCAUAUGAGCUCGCUUUGCUGAGAAAUAUGAUGUUUUAAUUUAUGCAAAUGAGCCUUUAGGAGCAACGGGGGCGUUGCUGUUACACCUAGAGUCUCUGCUCU